AUGAGGUCGGAAACAGGCAUGGAACUUCCGUAUGAUGUAGAAAUCGAAAUCUUGCAGAGACUUCCAGUGAAACCUCUGCAUCGAUUAGAAUUGGUUUCAAAAAACUGGAGGAGGCUGAUAAGAUCUCGAUAUUUCAUGGAACGGUACAUGGUUCAUCAGAAAUCCAAACAUCGUUUCAAAAUCCUUGCUAAGAUCAUAGUCGUGGACCCGUUGGUUCUUAAAGUUUCCCCAAAACCUCGACUGUUCCUCCGUUCAUCAGACGAUGAUCCCGAAUUUACCUAUGUGCUGCUUGAAAAUAACGAAGUUGUUGCUACUUGUCUCUCAUGCGACGGUUUCAUCUGCUGUCCGAGACCUGGUAACAAGUAUCUGUUUAUAAACCCCGCUACGGGUCAGAAAAUCCAAGCCGAACAACGAAGUCCUUGUCACCGUCCACAGACAUUUGAAAGUCAUGUAACUGUGCCCUUCUUCAUAAGCAGAUACAGCAUAGAUUUUCUUGGUUACCGCACGUCUAAUCAUCAGUUUCCUAGUCCGGCGAUUGACUUGUUGGGAUUUGGGAGAGACAGAGUGAGCGGAGAUUAUAAACUUGUUAGGUUAUUUGAACGGCCUGGGGAGAAUACGGCAUGCACAGAAUGCGAGGUUCUUUCGCUUAAGACAUGGGAAUGGAGAUACAUAAGCCAUGUUCCUAUACCUUGCUUUAAAGGACAACCUUCAGCUAGCGUUAACGGAUCCAUCUAUUGGUUCACUGUUUAUCUAUGGUUAACAGAUGCAGAGUAUUCAACAACGGCCAAGAUCAUAGCAUUUGAUCUUCACACACACAGAUUCCGUGCAGUCCAUCACCCUCCUUUCGGUGCUAGAACACCCUCAUAUAUAAUUAAUCUCAUGAACUUAAGGGAUCAAGUAUGGAUGGUAGAGCAAACACUUGACUGUUUGGAGAUGUGGAGCAUGGAUGGAGGAGGAGGCGCAUGGGAAAAAAUGUAUUCAAUUGAUCUAAAAAGCUAUGCGAGGCCUAAUCUGGAGGUGCUUAUGCCAAUUGAAAUCUGCGGCGACGGAAAGGUGUUGAUUAGCGGUAAGAAGCCAAAUAAUUCAAAUCACUGGGAUUUGAAAGAAAGGUUGCUCAAAUAUGAUCCUCGUACUAAAACUUUGCUUCUCGCCGACCAUCAAACUUUUGCCCGUGUCCCUUACUUCCAAACUUGGGUCCUUGCUCCCUACUUCCAGUCUCUCUUCUCUUUCGAUACACUUUAA